UCAUAUCAAAUGUCAUUUGUUUGACAUUCUGAUUUUCGACAAACGUACAAACGUUAGCGGGAAAAUUUUAACUUCUAGGAUUUAAAAAAAUUAAAAAUAUGUGAAAUAAAAAUUAGCAAUUUAGAGGCAAAAAGAUUGAAAACUGGUCGUUAAAUAAUUACCGGAAAUCUUUAUCUUCACUUUUAUAGAAAUUAAAAAAAUAUAAUGUGCGGUCGAACUAGUUUAUCGCUCAAUAAGGAACAAGUACGAUGUGCUUGUGCCUACAAAUCAAGAAAGGAAAAUGUUUAUGUGAAACCAGAAUGGAAACCAGAACAUAAUAAUGGAAAAGAUUUUAUUCCCUCAUAUAAUAUUGCUCCAACAGACAUAACUCCUGUGUUAAUUGCUGGUAAUGAUUUUAAGACUUCCAGCUCUUUAGUAAGGAUACUUAAACCCAUGUUGUGGGGUAUAAUACCACCAUGGCACCAGGGUGAUUACAAAAGCCACAAUGUUAGCACAAACAAUUGUCGGAUAGAAAAUAUCAAAACUUCAAAACUGUACAGCCCGAUACUGCAGAAUGGAGGCCGCUGCAUAAUCAUUGCUGAAGGGUUUUACGAAUGGCAGACAACUGUGAAAAGUAAAACUAAGCAACCAUAUUACAUAUAUAUGCCACAAGGUGAUAAAAAUGAGACAAAAGACACGUCAGAAGAUAAAUUUAGUGAAAUAAACGGAUGGGAUGGUGUAAAGCUUAUACACAUGGCCGGCAUUUAUAAUAUAUGGAAAAGUGAAGACAUAAUUAUAUAUUCAUAUUCCAUAAUAACUAUGGAAUCGAAUGACACUAUGAACUGGCUACACCACAGAAUGCCCGCCAUACUGGAAAACGAUGAACAAAUUAAUGCCUGGCUUGAUGUUGAAAAUGUAGGCGCGGACAUGGCACUAGCAUAUUUGAAACCAGUAAAAAUAUUGACAUAUCAUCUAGUAUCAACAAUUGUUAAUAACUCAAGAAAUAAGUCAGCAGAUUGCAAUAAAAAAAUAUCUGCUGGUAAAGGAACACAGAAAACCUUAACCUCUUUUUUCAGUAAGUCAGAAAAACGGAAGUCUGAUCAAGAUCCGGAAGAAAAUAGCAAUAAAAAAAUUAAACAUGAAAAAUAUUGAUAGUCGAACUAACUUUAAUGUAAUAGGAACUUAGAAGUAAGAUUAACAUUUGUACUGUGUUACACAAUAAAUAUCAUUAAGGAUUCA